AUGGCUGAAGCUACAAAACUCAACACAAACCCAGAGGUGCUUCUCAAGAAGCGGAAGAAUGCCGACAGACUCCGUAUAGAGAAACAAGAACAGGCUCGCAAAAGACUGGAGGAACAGAGAAAACGCAGACAGCAGAAAAGAAAAGCCAAAUUCAUCAGAGCAGAGACUCUGGUCGCUAAGCAUCGUGCAUCCGAAAGAGAACAGUACCGUGUGAAACGGGUUUCUCAGCAUGAAAGACUAUCUGCCAAGGAUACAGACGACACAGAAGAGAGACUGCUUUUUGUCGUGAGGAUUCCUGGCCCGCACGGAGCCAAGGUUCCUUCUGCUGCCAGAAAAGUCCUCGAUCUGCUCCGUCUGGAGCACGUCUACACGGGAACAUUUGUGAAACUGAACUCUACCGUUGCGCCGCUGCUGAAACUGACCAGUCCGUAUCUCUCGAUCGGAACUCCUUCGCUUGCUACUGUCCGUAACUUGAUCCAGAAACGUGCCUCUGUGACGAUCCAGGAAGACGGUCAGUCCAAACAGGUGAAGUUGGACGACAACAACCUCAUUGAAGACAGACUCGGCGACCACGGCAUCAUCUGUGUCGAGGAUAUCAUCCACGAAAUAGCCAGUCUCGGAGACUCGUUCAAGCAAUGUGUCGGCUUUUUGGAUCCGUUCAAGCUGAGUGCGCCUGUUCAUGGAUGGAGUCCACUCAGUAAAUUGAAGCGGUUGGAACUGAGAGAGGAAAAGAGCAAGGUGAACAACGCCGGGUCUGCUCCUCUGGAAGAGGUCGACAUCGACCAGUUUGUUUCUGAGCAGAUCUGA